AUGGGCAUUACUGACUUCUUUCAACCAGAUAUACAAAAAGGAGAAUGCUUAAAAGUUGUGAUCAAGGAGGUUGAAGUUGCUAAAAAGAUUACUGCCAAUAAAAAGAAGCCAAGUACUUUGUGUUGGGAGAAUGGGAAAGAUGCCUUGAGGGCAUCUCAGGAAUCAGCAAGGUCCCACCCAUCUCAUGCUCAAAGGGCUUUGAGAGCCCUGAGUCACCCAGAGCUCAGCACAAGGCUGUCUAGGGAACAAUUUCCCUGUGACUUGGUUCCUUGUGUUCAGUCAUCCAGGUGUGAAGAGGGUGCUGCAGCCAUAGUACAGGUGGCUCCAGCUCAAGCCCAAGCUAGUGGCAAAGUAGACAUCGUCCUCAUGAUGCUGUUAUUCCCUGCCAUGCCUCCUCAAGAAAUCCUGCUUUAUGGGCUUCCUGGAACAGGGAAGACCCUGAUUACCCGAGCUGUGGCAAAUGAGACUGGAGCAUUCUUCUUCUUGAUCAAUGGUCCUGAGAUCAUGAGCUACUUGGCUGGUGAGUCCGAGAGCAACCUUUGUAAAGCCUUUGAGGAGGUUGAAAAGAAUGUUCCUGUUAUCGUCUUCAUUGAUGAGCUGGAUGCCAUUGCUCCCAAAAGAGAGAAAACUCAUGGAGAGGUAGAGUGGUAUAUUGUAUCACAAUAUGUGUGUCAGUUGUUGACACACAUGGAUGGCCUAAAGCAGACAGCACAUGUAGUAGUGAUGGCUGCAACCAACAGACCCAACAGUGCUGACCCAGCCCUACGACGAUUUGGUUGCUUUGACAGGGAGAUAAAUAUUGGAAUCCCUGAUGCCACAGGAUGGUUGGAAAUUCUCCAAAUCCAUAUCAAGAACAUGAAGCUGGCAGAUGAUGUGGACCUUGAGCAGGUAGCCAAUGAAACUCAUGGGCUUGUGGAUGCUCACUUAGCAGCCCUUUGUUCAGAGGCUGCUCUGCAGGCCAUCCACAAGAAAAUGGUUCUUACUGACCUAGAGGAUGAGACCACUGAUGCUGAGGUCAUGAACUCUCUGGAAGUUGCUAUGGAUGACUUCCGGUGGGCCUUGAGCCAGGGAAAUCCAUCAGCACUGCCAGAAACUGUGUUAGAAGUGCGACAUGUAACCUGGGAAGACAUUGGGGGCCUAGAGGAUGUCAAACGUGAGCUUCAGGAGGUAGUCCAGUACCCUGUGCAGCAUCUAAACAAAUUCCUCAAGUUUGGCAUGACAUCAUCCAAGGGAAUUCUGUUCUAUGAAUCUCCUGGUUGUGGGAAAAUCUUGCUGGUUAAAGCCAUUGCUAAUGAAUGUCAGGCCAACUUCAUCUCCAUCAAGAGUCUGGAGCUGCUUACUAUUUGGUUUGGGGAGUCUGAGGCCAGUGUCAGGAAAAUCUUUGACAAGGCCCGCCAAGCUACCCCUUGUGUGCUUUUCUUAGCUGAGCUGGAUUAAAUUGCCAAGGCCUGUGGUGGUAACAUUGGAGAUGGUGGUGGAGCUGCUGACCAAGUUAUCAACCAGAUCCUGGCAGAAAUGGAUGGCUUGUCCACAAAAAAGAAUGUGUUCAUCAUUGGAGCUACCAACCAGCCUGACGUCAUUGAUCCUGCCAUCCUAACAGCUGCCUUGACCCAUGUACAUACCACUUCCCAAUGAGAGUCCCAUGUUGCCAUCCUCAAGGCAAACCUGUGCAAGUCCCCAGUUGCCAAGGAUGUGGAUUUGGAGUUCCUGGCUAAAAUGACUAAUGGCUUCCCUGGAGCUGACCUGACGGAGAUAUGCCAACGUUCUUGUAAGCUGGCCAUUCAUGAAUCCACUGAGAGUGAGAUAAGGCGAGAGCAUGGGAGGCAGACAAAUCCAUCAGCCAUGGAAGUAGAAAAGGAUGAUCCAGUGCCAGAGAUUCACAGAGAUCACUUUGAAGAAGCCAUGCACUUUGCCUGCUGUUCUGUCUGUGACAAUGACAUUCAGAAAUAUGAAAUGUUUGCCCAGGUGCUUCAGCAGAGUCGAGGCUUUGGCACAUUCAGAUUCCCUUCAGGAAAUGAGGGUGGAGCUGGCCCUAGUCAGGGCAGUGCAGGUGGCACAGGUGGCAGUGUGUACACAGAAGACAAUGAUGGUGACCUGUACGGCUAA